AUGCGUUUUGCUCGCGCCGCUCUGCGGGUUCGUCCUACGGCUUUGAAAACUCCUGUCUUGCGCAGAGGGUAUGCUGAGGCUGUUGCGGAGAAGAUUAAGUUGAGCUUGGCUUUGCCUCAUCAGUCUGUCUACAGAUCCCAAGAUGUCGUCCAAGUCAACAUCCCCGCCGAAUCUGGUGAAAUGGGUAUCCUCGCCAACCACGUCCCAUCGAUCGAACAAUUGAAGCCAGGUCUCGUUGAGGUUAUCGAGGAGAGUGGUGGAAGCAAGCAAUUCUUCCUUUCCGGAGGAUUCGCAGUCGUUCAACCAAACUCUUCAUUAAGCAUCAACGCAGUUGAGGGAUUCCCAUUGGAGGAUUUCAGCGCAGAUGCAGUUAGGUCACAAAUUGCUGAGGCUCAGAAGAUUGUUGGAGGAAGUGGAAGUGAGCAAGAUAUCGCUGAGGCUAAGAUUGAGUUGGAGGUUUUGGAGACCUUGCAAGCACACCUCAACUUUAGUCCCGAAUUCAAUGUAUCCUAUAAACCUUCAAUUGCCAUGAACUAUCCCUGGCGACCAGCUGCAGCUCGAAAUACACAUGCCGAUUCUGCGGCUUCAAAAUCAUCAUUACCUAGCGAUCGACCCUCUCGCAAUCUUCCCAUCACAGUGGGAACUGUUGCUUCACGUAUCCUAUUACUCCAGAAGCUUGCGGGCAACCAAAAAAAUAAAUCACCACCGAAACCUCCUUCACGCUUCCCACAAAUCCGAGCGACGUCGAAAAGUAGACGAGAGCGCAGCAGCAAAUCACCUCAUCGAUCACGAUCCCCGCCUCUCAUUCGACCACCGUUGAAUAGGAGACGAGAAAAUUCUCGUUCGAGCUUUGGUCGUCGACCUACGAAUAUUUUUGGGAAUCCGGCGUCGAGAAAUUCGCAACCGAAUGAACAGUUGCAAUCGGGGACGAAUCAUUCUUUUUUGGGGUUGAGAACGCCGAGAUCGAAUCAUGAUGAGGGACAUGCUAGAGCGGGGAAUGUGGGUGUGUUGAGGGUGGAUGGGGAUGUUGGACCUUCAUUGGGUGGUAUGAGGGGCUUGGGUCGGGAAGACGCGAUGGGUAGUGGAUGGACUCCUAUUGUUGAUAAUUUGAGGACGUUGAGGAAGGAUCAAGGGCAGAGGACUGCUGGCCCUAAAGUAGAUUUGAAUAGGGGCGUUCAGACUUUUGGGGACAACUAUAGCUCGACACAAGCACCAUUUACGACUCAAUUAUCACAUGAACAGAACCGAACAUUGAAUUCUCGUCGUCAAAAGGAGAAAAUACGACAAGAUGAGAUGUCCAAUUCUGAGGUAUCUAUACGCACAACGUCUACGCUUCGGCGACAGAGUGUUCGUGAUUUGUUUGAUACACAUGGAAUUGAAAGGCCACCUGGACUUGCAUCAUCCGAAGUGGGGAGGGAAGAAACCAAUAAACCUCAGAGACAUCGCGUCUGUCAUAUUUGCAUGUGGAUUCAUGAUAAGAAUGAAAUUGCGUGUUGGAAAUGUGAUCAUCGAUUAUGCAAAGCUUGUGAUAGACUUCUAACAUUUUCAAAUGGAGGCAAAGAUGCAAGUUUUAAUUACAAUCGAGUGCUUCCUGUUGAUCGGAAAGAAGCAUCGGGGCCAGUACAUUAUGCAAUAACACCUCGGCCAUCAAAAGGCAAAUUUUUAAAGCAAUCACUGUCGGGACCUCUGCCGAUUCCAAUACAAAUGGUCACGAAGAAGAAGGAAGUCGCUUCGACAGAGCCUUUUCCGCCAUUCUAUUCCAAGAACGCUCUGCCACAAAAGUCAAAACCUGGACCUGGAUCAGAUUCAACAAAUUAUGGACCAUUACAAUCAUGUCCUGGUAUUUACAAAUCCGAGUGCCCUCAAAAGCUCUCAACCAAAUUCGAGGAAUCUUUUCAAGAAAGCUCCAUGCUUCCUACACCAAAUUCUUCAUGUCAGUCUGUCGCUAGCGAACAUGGAUCUGAGUCAGGAUCGUUGGAAAUGCACGACUGCAGAUGUGAAAGCUGUCAAAAAGCUAAGCAUAGGAGUUUUGUCUCUCGACAUUCUACUUCUCAAUCACUUGCCCGAAGUGAGGAUAUUAUAGCUAUGGAUGGUCGGUAUGCAACUGAUAGUAUCGACGAUGAAAACAUCUAUCGCUCUCAUUCUUAUCCUGACUCCUCUCAAACUUCACAGCCCUUUAUGAGAUUGUAUCGAUUAUUGAAUGGAUCUAUACACCGAGCAAUACAACUCAGCCAUGAAUCAGACCGUGGGGAAAUCCCACGGACGUCAAUGAGGCCAGAUCCAUUUUCGAAUAAUACAAUCCGUCAGACUACACAACCUACCCAUAGGGUGAACCGCAGAAGCCGUACAGAAAAUACACAGGGGUCAGAAAGCGCAUGUCGUAUGUUCAAUGGGUCGACCUAUCAACCAGUUCAACCCAGCUUUAUGUCAGAUCAUGGGGAAAGCUCAAAACUCCUGGACAACUAUUAUCCAUUUCUCAAUGUUCCGAAACAUGGAAAACACUCGUCGAGAUAUGGAUCGGAUUAUGUAGAAUGUCGGGGGUAUCCUAGAACGGGUCAUGGGCAUUGCGAUCGCAGUCCUGUUAGUUCAGGUAUCUUAGGGGAUUGCCAACAUUGUCUUGAUGAUUGUGAGUGUUCUGCGUGCCAGAGCACAGUUCAUAGUGUUCGAUGUUGUACAAAUGAAGUUCAUAAACCUAUGAUACAUCUUCAUCGUAGUCCAGCAAAGGUUUCGUUGAAUGAUGCGUUCAAUUCGAAUACAAGACAUCUUAGCUCAACGCAGGACAAAAAACCUUAUAUAUUGUCGCGCUCUCAGACUUAUGACCGUUUUACGGUUCUCAAAUAUGAUAGUGUCUCGGAAUGGUUGGGAAGUCCGGAUGAGCCUUCGCCACCUCGAAGAUUUGAUACCCCGACUAAUACGCCGUCGAAGACUCUUCAUGUUCCGAAGAAUAGUUUAUCUAUUCCUAUUAAACAAGAUAGCAAUUCGUUAUCGAUGGCUCGCACUCCUUCACCUUGGACUUCAUCGUCGAUUAUCCCGAAAGGUAUAGCACCUAUCAUGAAGGAAACUUUCAACAAAGCUUCACAAAAUGCUUGCUCGAAAGUAACUGUAAAUCCAAACAGACCAUCUUCAAGUGAUGGCACUAGAGACCAAUCUGCAGCACCCUCAAAAUCAAAUACUCGUUUUCCCACCAACUCUCCUCCGGGCUACUUUUCAUCCAAUCCCUGGCGAGAUAAAGAAGCGGUUGAUUUCCCUAAAACCCAUCUUUGUUGGAAACAAGUAUCGAAAUCUCCACGGCAGCAAGUCGCUAGACGUUCAACGGAUUGCGAGACCUCGGAGGUUUGUGGACAAUCGGAUUGGGCGGAUCGGAGACGCGAGAGUGGAGAAUCGGUUUCGUGGAGGAGGAGGAAGGAGGGGUUGGAAUGGGUGGAGGAAGAGGUAAGAAGUGAGGUUCAGAGGUGGGAGGAUCGGAGGUCGGAAAGUAGAAGAGGGGUGAUGAGGAGGGUGGGGAUGGAGAGGGAUAGUGGUGGUGCUGGUGGUGGUGGUGCUGGGGCGAGUGAAAUGGUAACACCGGUUAGUGCGGGGGGGGGCUAUGGGGUCGAUUGUGGAGGAGGAGGAGGGGAUGAGGAGUUGGAGGGGGAGAGGGAAGGUGGUGAUGGUGAUAGUGAUGGUGAUGGUGAUGGUAAGAAGCACGAUUGUGUUUGGAAGAGGAGAGUUAUGGGGGUUGAUAGGAGGAGUGAAAACUGUGGAUUGAGAAAUAGAAAUACAAAUGAAGGUUUGGGAGAGGAGGGAGUAGAAGGGAUGAGUGGAGUUAAGGGUGUUGCCAUUGUGAUUCAGAUGGAGAAUGGACAGGAUGUGGUUUUGAGGACAAAUUGUAAGGGAAGGUUGAGUUGGGAGGGAUUGGAAAGGUUGGUUAGGGUUAAGAGGGGGUUUGAGGGUUAG